AUGGGGAUGGCUGUGCUCGACGAGGCCCAGCGGCGACGGCGGCAGAGCGUCUACGAGUUCUUGGACGCCACCAAGCCCGCGCGCGCCCAGGCGCUGCGAUGGUGCGAGACGGCGCGGGAGAUGCGUAGGAUCGAUGGCGACAUGAAGGAGGCGGGCCAGCUGCUCCGCGGCGCCCUCUCCUGCGUCAAGGACUACGCGUCCGUCUACAGGACGUGGAUCGCCAUGGAGAUGGACGGCGGCGGCGGCGUCGGCGUUGCCCGAUGGCUCUUCGAGGAGUGGGGCACCGUCUGCGCCAAGGAUGGAAACCUCCGCAAGGACGACGACGGCAGCACCGCCGACGAGUACGGCGACUACUGGUGCGCGUACCUCGCGUUCGAGCUCCGUCACGGGGACGCCAGGCGCGCGCGCACCGUGGCGGCACGGGCCGUCAAGGCCUGCCCGCACGACGCCUCGUUGCGCGACACGGUGGAGCUCCGCCUUAGCGACGCCAUCGAGAUCGAGCAGCAGAGGCGGCAUCGGUCGGGUCUGCUUCGCACUGCCAAGAAGUGGCUCACCAACAGCGAGCAGAGUCGCGGCUGCUCAUCACUCGUACCCCGGCCGCCGCAGGGGUACCGGAGGCUCCUCAGCGGCUAG